GUCUUCCUCUUUGACAUCUUUGGGAUAACUGAAAGCUUCCUGCUGGCUACGAUGGCCUUUGCUCGUUACGUGGCCAUUUGCCAUCCCCUGGUGUAUCCCCUUGUCAUGUCCCCAAAGUGCUGUUUCCAGCUGGUGACUGGGUCGUACCUCGUGGGGCUGACCAAUGGCAUGGGACAGAUCAUCAGCAUGUCCAACCUGUCCUUCUGCAGCUCCAGCACCAUCGACCUCUUCUUCUGUGACAUUUCCCCUCUCAUCUCGCUCUCAACCUCCGGCACCUCCCUCAGCCACAUCAUCCUGACAACUGCAGCAUCUCUCUUUGGCGUGUCCAGCAGCCUGCUCGUCCUGCUCUCCUACAUGGCCAUCAUCUCCACCAUCCUCAGCAUCACUUCAGCCAAGGGCAAGCGCAAAGCCUUCUCCACCUGCACAUCCCACCUCACCACUGUGAGCAUCUUCUAUGGGGCAUCCUUUUUUAUGUACUUAAACCCCAGCUCAGGCAGCUCAAGAGGAGCAGGAAAAUGGGCUGUGGUGCUCUACACUGUGGUGACUCCCAUGCUGAACCCCUUGAUCUACAGCCUGAGGAAUAAAGAGGUGAAAGAGGCCUUGAGGAGACUCGUGAAAAUAAAGUGA